GCGCAGACCCUCCUCAGAACAGCCCAGAACUCUGGGCCCUCUGCUCCCAAAGUGAGAUGGGAUGCCACACAAGCAAGAGCAACAAGGUGGUGGGGGAAUCCCAGAAACCUGGAGAACAGCCCGAGGGAGAAGAGCCAAAUCUGGAGGCUGGCGCUGAGGCAGCAGAUGGCAAAGACAUCUCAUCGAAGGAUGGGGGCCCUGCACUCAAGAGCUGAGGUGUUUUCCUCUCGAGUCGGUCCGGACCCUCUCUUCAUUCUUGGAACUGUCUUUGGCCUAUGAAACCUGAGACAAACCCAGUCCUGAGAAGCUCCGAAUACAAGGAGGAGAGAGAAAUCUCUGCCUUCAGCAGGUUCCCUCCUCAGGCUUUGCUCUUUGGAGCUAUGAGGAAUCCUAUUCUCCCUGGCUGUCUAUGGAGAGGACAAAAGAAGUCUUCAUGUGUCGUGGGACUUGUCCACAGCUUCUGCAGACGGGCAAGCCAGAAUGUUCUGUAGCCAUGUGCUACUGAGCUGUGACUGUCCAGGGACCCCCAGCUGCCUCACCUUCCGAACUCUCCUAAAUGUCCACAGGGCUGUGUGGGGGUCGGUUUGCUCUCUUUCUCUCCUUUCUCUUCAAGAGCUGGCCCAAGAGCCAACAUCCCCAGCAGGGUCGUUUUUGUUUGGCUGGCUCCACACGGUUGGUGAUGAAUAAUUUAAUAUUUAACUGGGAGA